CUAUACCAAUAUAAAAGUCGAACGGUUUCGCUCUUCGGCAUUAGUUGUGUGUGGUCGACGAAACGAAGCAAACCUUAUUCAAACGCAAAAUGAUCGCCAAAACAGCAGUAAUUCUCUCAGUGGUGGCGCUAGCAACAGCUGGCGUGGUGCAGGUUGGCCACGGGUACGCCGGCGAGGGAUACGGUCACGAAGCCGUCGCGUACGCACCAGUGGCUGUCGCGCCCGUCGCUGCUGUGGCACACUACGGAGGACAUGACGAACAUGUCGACUACCAUGCCCAUCCCAAAUACGACUACUCAUACUCCGUGUCAGACCCUCACACCGGAGACCACAAGACCCAGCACGAGGUGCGCGACGGUGACAUCGUGAAGGGCGAGUACUCUCUCCUCCAACCUGAUGGCUCCUUCAGGAAGGUCACUUACACCGCCGACGACCACAACGGUUUCAACGCGGUCGUCCACAACACUGCUCCCGCGCACCACGAGUACCACUAAGCAAUAACUCCGGCCCUGAGCCACUCCUACUAUGUGAUAUUUAACACUUAAUUAAAAUAGAUAGUCUUUAGUCGACAGCGUUUUUAUGUUAUAAGACUGCGGCGAUAAUAAACUGUUCGAAAAAUA